AUGAACUGGGUCGUUGCAAUGUUGUUCGUGGUCGGCAGUGUUGUCUUCGUCAUCAACGCUGCUCUAGGACUGGCUCCGUUCCUUGAUCCAAGCCUCGCGUUCCCCACCCUUGCGACUAUCGCUCUGCCCGGUACAAUCCUCAUUGGAGCCACUAUGUUCAUGACAGGCGGUAUACUAGGCGUCUUCGCCGCUUUUAACGCCGAACGCGGUACCCUGGAGAAGAGCGAUACCAAGUCGAUCGAAGGCGGCGCGAACAUAGUGUACCGCCCAGCUCUCAUCAGUUCCCCGGCCUGGGUCUGGAUCCCAAGUGCAGCUGACGCUGCUACUGUGCUCCGAACCGUCCCUUUUCGAGCCGGGCUGAUGCAGCUUUCUGGCGGUUUGAUCCUGUCUACAUCCGCUGCAGCUGGAAUUCCGGGACUUCUCGACCCAAACAAUCUCUUUAUAACCCAGGCGCUAGUCUUUAUGCCACAGGUAAUUGGAGGUUCAAUGUUUUUCUUCGCUAAUUUCGCCCUCAUGGUUUACGCGCAGGACACUUGGCACAAGCCAAAAUUUGCAUCCGCUGAAUGGCAAGGUGCUUUGUGGAAUGCCUUGGGCUCGACUGGGUUUGCUCUCACCGGCGUUUUGCUGCUAGAGAGUGACAUAUUUGGUGCCUCGGCCGUUUCUUUCGCGGGGAGCUUUGCUUUUCUCAUCGAAGCAUUAUUCAGUGGUACGUGCUGA